AUGCAUCCUACUGUUCUUAUGACAAUGGCAAAGCAUGCUAAUGCUUUGAUUGGCCCAGCAGUGUUGUUGAUUUACCCCUUAUAUGCAUCAAUGCGAGCGAUCGAGAGCCCUUCUCCUGUCGAUGACCAACAAUGGCUGACUUACUGGGUUCUCUAUUCACUGAUCACCCUGUCUGAGCUCUCAUUCUGGAGAGUAUUGCAAUGGUUCCCUCUUUGGCCAUACAUGAAGCUGGUGUUUGACUUCUGGUUAGUGCUCCCUGCAUUCAAUGGAGCAGCCUACAUCUACGAGAAAUAUGUCCGGAGUUAUGUGAAGCAAUAUGUCGACUGGAAUUAUCCAGAGAAGCAGAGGAGACUGAUGCAACUGCAGAAGCUUUUUUUUCAAUUUUUAUUGCUAACAUGGAUGUGUAUUGUUGCUGCAUUUUUUUCCAAUAUGAGUGUUGAUUCAUUCAAUGACAUAUAA